UCCAACCACUAGGUGACGGUAAUGAUGUUGAAAUCCGUCCCGGCAACAGCAAUAACGAGGAAAUAUAAAAUGUCAGCUUGCAAAAUGCUCCGGUCUGGUUUGGGGUUCCUUCAGUCAUCAUUUCAGGCAUGUAGAAGUUCACUUGGGUUUGUGGAGCAGACCAGAGGUUAUUAUGUUAACUGGAGAAUGCUGCGAGAUGUGAAAAGAAGAGAGAUGGCAUACAAGUACGCAGACACAAGACUACGGAUCAAUGCCAUCAGAAAGAACACACUCUUACCUAAAGAGUUACAGGAGGUAGCUGAUAAAGAAAUUGCUGCAUUGCCUCGAGACAGCUGCCCGGUGCGUAUCCGCAACAGAUGUGUGAUCACGUCUCGACCCCGUGGAGUGAAACGCAGGUGGCGUCUGAGCCGCAUCGUCUUCAGACAACUAGCAGACCACAAUCAGAUGUCAGGAAUACAGAGAGCGAUGUGGUGAAAACCUAACAGUGGACAAUUCAGUCCUUACAGCUUACACCUUCAGGAUGGAGAAGCUCAAAAUUUUCAGAAUCCCAGCAGGAAAGUUUUAUGUGCACACGAACUAUCAGUUUUGAAGAUAUUGUCCUGAAAAUAUCUUCAUAAUCUGGGAAACAUUUUGCUGCUUUGUGUAUAAUAAAGCUUAUUCACUAUGAUCCCA